UACAGAGAGAUGCUUACUCAUAUGUAACAUCUAUAAUGUUAGAUUGUCGACUAUUUUUCAUCCCACCUUCACAUUUUCCAACUUCCAGAUUACUCCAAAUUUUGCAAAGUCAUUAUGUCGCUCACCCAAACUCAGACCCAGCCUGAUAUCUCGUACCAUCCAGACUUUCAGAAGUAUCAAUUGCGUAGUGAGAAGAUCAAGUCGCACAAUGGGUCGAUUUCAAAGUUGCCUGGAAAUUUUCCCGAACAGUUGAAAGGGGGACUUGUAUGGGAAGGGAAGGACUACACGGAUGAGAAACAGUGGACUUUACUGUUGACGGCGCAACAUCUUGAAGAAAUAGAUGCUGCCUUGAAGGCGUUCAAAACUCUGAAUAAGGCAAUUGGCUAUGUGAACCAGCAAACAUUCCCAUUGCCAACUCUCUCACCAAUCCUCCGUCAACACGCAAAGGAGCUUCAAUCCGGCCGCGGAUUCUUCGUCUUGCGUGGUUUAAAACCAGAUAACUACGCAAUCGAAGAUAAUAUCAUCAUCUACGCCGGCGUGUCGUCAUACAUUGGAAGUGUUCGUGGUCGCCAAGACUCGAGACUCAUCGACGGGGUGAAGCAAUCUUCGAUGCUGAAUCAUAUCAAAGAUCUUAGCCAGACAUCAGUGGCGGGUAAUAUCGGUGCACCAGCUUACACGACUGAUAAACAAGUCUUCCAUACUGAUGCAGGAGAUAUUGUUAGUCUGUUCUCACUGAAUGUCGCCGCUAAAGGUGGUGAAAGUAAGCUAGCGAGCAGUUGGAGAGUCUACAACGAAUUGGCUAAAACUCGGCCUGAUAUCAUCAAAACUUUGUCGGAAGACUGGGUGUUUGAUGGUUAUGGUAAUCCUGACAAACCAUACACCACCAAGCCACUACUUUACCAUACUCCAGCAACAGACACUUCUCCGGAACGAGUUAUCAUUCAAUAUGCCCGCCGAGGUUUCACAGGUUUCUUAAAUCUGCCACGUUCGCCAGGCAUCCCUCCAAUCACCGAAGCUCAAGCCGAAGCCCUGGAUGCACUUCACUUCCUGGCCGAGAAGUUCAGCUUGACGCUAGAUUUCCAAAAAGGCGAUGUGCAAUAUGUGAACAAUUUGAGCAUUUUUCACGCUAGAGAUGGAUUCACGGACGAGCCCGGGAAAGAGAGACAUUUGUUACGACUGUGGCUUCGAGAUCCGGAACUUGCUUGGGAGACUCCUGAACAACUGAAGCCACGAUGGGAUGAACUUUACAAAGAUGUUACAGAGGACGAGCAAGUGUUUCAACUCGAGCCAAGGAUCCGUGGAGGUGCGGGGAAAGCAUAAAUCCGAACAAAGGCCUUGUGAGAACCCGAGUAAUAAUAGAACAGUCUCUCGUUUUUGUCAGAUCUGGAUUUCUUCUCAUCACCUGCUGAUCAUUUCUUCAAAUCAUCGUAUUGAUCUGAUGGCAUUAGAGCUCGAUUGUUCUUAUCCUAGUCACUAGUCUCAACUAAGAG